CCCCACCCGAGCCCCCCACCACCCCCGGCCUAAGCAGCUACCAUGGCCGAGGUCCCCGGCGCGGUGUUGUCCCAGGCGGGUUGGUAUCUUUCAGAUGAAGGCAUUGAAGCAUGCACAAGUUCUCCUGACAAAGUCAAUAUAAAUGACAUCAUCCUGAUUGCUCUCAAUACAGACUUGAGAACAAUUGGCAAGAAAUUCCUCCCCAGUGACAUCAAUGGUGGAAAGGUGGAAAAGCUUGAAGGUCCAUGUGUUUUGCAAAUUCAAAAAAUUCGCAAUGUUGCUGCACCAAAGGAUAAUGAAGAAUCUCAGGCUGCCCCAAGAAUGCUGCGUUUGCAGAUGACUGAUGGUCAUAUAAGUUGUACAGCAGUAGAAUUUAGUUACAUGUCAAAAAUAAGCCUGAACACACCACCUGGAACUAAAGUUAAGCUUUCAGGCGUUGUGGACAUAAAAAAUGGAUUCCUGCUCUUGAAUGAUUCUAACACCACAGUUCUUGGCGGUGAAGUAGAACACCUUAUUGAGAAAUGGGAGUUACAGAGAAGCUUGUCAAAACACAAUAGAAGCAAUAUUGGAACCGAAGGUGGACCACCUCCUUUUGUGCCUUUUGGACAGAAGUGUGUAUCUCAUGUCCAAGUGGAUAGCAGAGAACUUGAUCGAAGAAAGACAUUACAAGUUACAUUGCCUGUCAAACCUCCAAAUGAUAAUGAUGAAUUUGAAAAGCAAAGGACUGCUGCUAUUGCAGAAGUUGCAAAGAGCAAAGAAACCAAGACAUUUGGAGGAGGUGGUGGUGGUGCUAGAAGUAAUCUCAACAUGAGUGCUGCUGGCAACCGAAAUAGGGAGAUUUUACAGAAGGAAAAGUCAAACAAAUCAGAGGGAAAACAUGAAGGUGUCUACAGAGAACUGGUUGAUGAGAAGGCUCUGAGGCACAUAACAGAAAUGGGAUUUAGUAAAGAAGCAUCAAGGCAAGCUCUCAUGGAUAAUGGCAACAACUUAGAAGCAGCACUGAAUGUACUUCUUAACAGCAAUAAACAGAAACCUGUUACGGGUCCACCUCUGAGAGGUAAAGGAAAAGGCAGGGGGCGAAUAAGAUCUGAAGAUGAAGAGGAACUGGGAAAUGCAAGGCCGUCAGCACCAAGCACAUUAUUUGACUUCUUGGAAUCUAAAAUGGGGACUUUGAGUGUGGAAGAACCUAAAUCACAGCCACAGCAGUUUCAUCAAGGACAACACAGAUUGUCAAAUACUGAGCAAAAUGGAGUAAAAGAUAAUAAUCAACCAAGAUAUCUUCCUCGAAAUGAUACCAGACAGCCAAGGAAUGAAAAACCUCCUCGUUUUCAAAGAGACAUCCAAAAUUCAAAGUCAGUUUUAGAAGGCAGUGGAUUACCUAGAAACAGAGGUUCUGAAAGACCAAGUGCUUCUUCAGGAUCUGAAGUAUGGGCUGAAGAGAGAAUCAAGUGUGAUAGACCAUAUUCUAGAUAUGAUAGAACUAAAGAUACUUCAUACCCUUUAAGUUCCCAGCACAAUGAUGCUGCAUUUAAAAAAAGGGAUAACUCUAUGCAAAGCAAAUCAGGAAAAGUUCCGUCCUAUGCAGAGGCAAAAGAAAAUCCACUUCCUCAAGAAUCCAUAGAUUAUAAUAAUCAAAAACGUGGGAAAAGAGAAAGCCAAACAACAAAUCCUGAUCAUUUUUAUGAUAGGAAACCACGAACAAUAAAUAAUGAAGCUUUUAGUGGUGUAAAAAUUGAAAAACAUUUUAAUGUAAAUGCUGAUUACCAGAAUCCUGUCCGAACAAAUAGUUUCAUUGGUGUUCCAAAUGGAGAGACAGAAAUGCCACUGAAGGGAAGGCGAGUAGGACCUAUUAAGCCAGCAGGACCCAUCACAGCUACACCCUAUGAUGAUAAAAUAUUUUACAAUAGUGGGCCCAAAAGAAGAUCUGGGCCAAUUAAACCAGAAAAAGUACUUGAAUCAUCUAUUCCUAUGGAGUAUGCAAAACUGUGGAAACCUGGAGAUGAAUGUUUAGCACUUUAUUGGGAAGACAACAAGUUUUACCGAGCAGAAGUUGAAGCUCUUCAUUCUUCAGGUAUGACAGCAGUUGUUAAAUUCAUUGAUUAUGGAAACUAUGAAGAGGUGCUACUAAGCAACAUCAGGCCCAUUCAGACAGAGGCAUGGGAAGAAGAAGCCACCUAUGACCAAACUCUUGAAUUCCGUAGAGGAGGUGAUGGCCAACCAAGACGAUCCACUCGGCCAACCCAGCAGUUCUACCAACCUCCCCGGGCUCGGACCUAAUGUGAGAAGAGUCUUUGUGAAGAAAGGAGCUGUUGACUGAAACAUCCUGGUCAAAACCUGUUGAUAGACCUCCUACUUGCCCUUCAGAAUAAGAUGGAGCCAUGGUGGAUAUUAUUAUUUGGAGAACUAAAAGACAGAUUUUAGGGGCAAAAAUUCAACCCACGUAAAGAAUGGGGGAAACAAUACAAUAAAUUAAGCAAAUACCUUUUACAAGUGAAAGAAUUUUUUCUUCUGCCAUCAAUAAAACCAGUGCACUAUUAAAUA